ACCUUUAAGGUGUGCAUUAACUGGAACGAAAUAUGCAUGGCUGAGCUAACUGCUGAAGCACUUCUUUCUAUGCACGUAGCUAGCUAUGUCAUGAUCUAGCAAGAAAUGGCUCUGGUUUCUCAGCCCUCUCAAGAUGACAAUGAUUGUCUGCUGGUGGCUAGGAUGGACAACUCACGAGUCCUUGCAUCCAUUCUCAAAGCCAUCAGCUUCAGAGAGAAGGCCACUUGUUUCAUUAGCAGUAAUGGCCUCAAGAUGACGGUGGAGCAGGCCAAGUGUGUACAAGCGAGUGCCUUCAUACAGUCGUCUCUGUUCCGCCAGUUCCAGUACUCCCCCGACUAUCCCUCAGUGUUUGUCAUCAGUCUCUCUGCACUCAUUGAGUGUCUGAGUAUAUUCGGACCGACGGCUCCGGAUGCACACACAGCUCUCAAGAUGUCCUAUGCUGGUAAAGGUCAUCCUCUUUCCUUGUUGCUAGAGGAGGGUGGUGUGCUCACUGACUGUCAGCUUACCACACAAGACGCUGAGGAAACUUUGGACUUUGACUUUGUGAGUGCUAACGUGGUGGCCAAACUGAUCAUGGCUGCCGAGUGCCUGAGAGAGGCUUUCUCAGAAUUAGACAUGACCAGUGAGGUGGUGGAGGUGAUGAUGACCCCUGACCCCCCGCACUUUAGACCGCACUUUAGACUCACUACAUUCGGCUAUGCUGGAACCACACAGAUUGACCAUCCCAAGGAUUCUGAAAUGGUUGAAGUGUUUGAAUGUCAGAAAUCUACGGUCAACAGGUACAAGCUGUCAUUGCUUCGGUCCUGCACUAAGGCACUCAGUCACGCCUCCAAGAUCUCGUUAAGAGUUGAUCACAGGGGCUUCCUCUCAUUGCAGUGUAUGAUUAUACCCGAGAACAAGCAAGUGUGCUUUGUGGAGUUUCUAUGCGUUCCUGAUGAAGACAUGGACUCUUAAAAGCACAGCACCAACUAAGCUGUUAACCAAACUAUUAUAAUUAUACCAAUCACUUAUUUUAUUCUGUUUCACUGUUAUGUGUUUUACCAACAUAGUACAUAAUAAUAUUAUAUACAUUG